AUGAGUGCACGUGCAGCUUCCGCCGAUGGUCUGGUAUCUACCGGUCGUCGCCAUCAGUACCCGCCUCCCGAAGCCGAAGCCGAAGUCAACAAGACUGCGUUGAUGACGCACGGGGAACUCGUCAGCGUCUUCCACGAAAUGGGCCACGCCUUGCACUUCCUCGUAUCCCGGCCGAAAUACGCGGUGGGCUACGGGACUGGUCUUUCAAUAAUUAUUGAGCUUCCUUCGCUCCUACUCGGGCAGUGGGCUUGGAUCCCUCCACCCGCCGAUGGCCUCAACGAUAUGAGCUACAUACAGCUCUACGACCAGAUUGGGCGCGACCUCAUGUUUGGUAGUGGUGUUGAGGGCCUUGAUGUGCCUAAUGACCGUGGACAUCUAUACACGACAAAGGCACACAUCAUGGGCUUUGGAUUUGAGGCUGGCUACUUUUGGUACGUCUGGGGUGAACAAGACGUCCUUGAUGGCAUGGCAAAGAGACGAUUUAGGCACAUGGUUCUUGAGAAGCUGGGCCUCCGUGACGAGACGACGAUGCUGAGAGAGGCCCCAGGUCGGGCGCCUUCUAUAGCUUCCUUUUAUGCAGACACGUUGGGACCUGACAAGCUGUGUGAACUUGAUAGGGUUGCCGUCAGCGAUUGA